UUCCCUGUGCGCAACAGCCUCCAAAGCGCACACAGUCCAUUCUGACCAUGAAAGGAUUUUUAAACUUUAUGUAGUUUAGUUAAAUAGCAAGUUUUUAAACAUAACAGUCUUUCUUAUUUAUGCUGCAUUUGCAAGGCUUGGUUUGGGACUGAUAAGUUUUUGGUGAUGGGCAUGGCUGUACGCUGGGGUUCCCCGGUGAGUUUUCUUCAUGUCUGGCUUACCCUGGUGAUCUGCGGCGAGUGUGCUUUGGCCUUUUCGGUCGCUGGACAACAGGAGACGGUCUGUGAGGCGAACGGUAGUGUUUAUUAUGUAGGCGAAUGGUACUUUUUAGACUCGGAUCAUUGUACCCAGUGCGAAUGUACAGCAGAAGGGUCUGCUUGCGCGCGGACCGAGUGCACAUCCCUGCCUGCCGCCUGCAUCCAUGUCAGCCAUUACCCGACAGACUGCUGCCCCAGAUGCGAGAAGAUCGGAUGCGAGUACGGCGGAGAAGUCUACGAACUGGGCCAACAAUUUCAGCCGUCAGCGUGUGAGCAGUGCACCUGUCACAGCGACGGCAUCGCCCGCUGUCAGGUCGCAGACUGUGCCCCUCCACCAUGUGUUAACCCAGUCUAUCAGAAAGGGAAAUGCUGCCCUCAGUGCAAGGAUGGGCCCAACUGUUACGUGAAUGCCUCUAGGACCCAAGUGAUCCCUGGAGGUGAGCCAGCGUGGGUCGACUCCUGUACCAAAUGUCGAUGUCAUGACGGUCAGGAUGCAAGUUACUGGGAAGGCAACCGCUUGGCAACGUGUUCCCAUGUGCACAACUGCCAGCCAGACAAGGGGCUAAACUGAGAAAAGAGAUAAAAAACAGGGUCAUCUUUCAUCCUUGUUUAUACAAUGGAUGACAAAUCUCGGCAGAUAUUUAAACCACACUUGCAGAAGAAAGUGUGGAGGCUAUUUAGGCUACAAGCUUUAUAUGAUUAAAAAAUUCUAUUAUUCUUCUUCUUAUGUUAACUAACAAUUUAACAUCCAUUUGUUAAAGUACAAUGACUUACUAAGGGAUAUUCCCUAAUAAAACAGACAAUAGAGCUUAGUACUGAGACACCUUUUUGGACAUGCGAGCAUAUUAACAUCUACAGUACAUUGGGUACUGUGUAGUGCACACUUGCACCGGCAAAUGCAAUGAUCAUCCGCGAAACUACAUUUUUUAUUGGUGUUUUUACACAUUAUUUUCUGCUUCAAAAGCCUGAAAACCAAAGUACUGAGAAUGCAAGACUUACAUUACUGCCAUGCAGGCAUGGAAACAGCUAAUGUAGCACGAAAUGCAAACAAACAUAUCAUAAAUGAAUCAUGUAUAAAUAAAGCAGGCUAAUUUUUGCUUGAUUUCUGUUCUGACACCUCAUUUUAAAAGCUGUGGUAAUAUUACUUUUUUUUUCCGAGGACUGUAUUUGCAGCACUGACAGAAUGUACACAAAUAUAAUUAAACCACAA